CUUUUUAGAACUCUUAUAAUUAAGGAAACAGUAACACUGAUAGGUGAAUAGACUUUAAAAGUUGUUUUAUAAAAUCUCAUACAAAGAUGACAUUUGCACGUCUGUAUGUAUCAACAACAACAGAGCAGCUUCUAGGAAGGAAAGACGCUUCUACGGGGCUGUAAUAAACGCCUUUUCCUUACUUUUCACACCAUUUCCAUACCAUUCCAGAGCACAAAUUAAUGUUUAGGUAUCAUUGAACGCAAAUUAUUGGUAUUUAUUUUAGUAAGAAAAGGUCUCAAACGCUGACAGACGGUAGGCGUGCUGUCAGCCGUCAGCCAAUAUUAUCGAUCGCAAUCAAAACAAAAACGCUAAAAUACGUACGUAGCGAGCGCUAGAAAACUGUUGUGAAACAAACCCAAUCGGCAGGAAAAUCCAUUUCCGGCGCGGAAGGAAAAUUCUCCUGCCCAGCAGCAUCAUUAUGUCCCAUCGCAAUUUGACCGAACUGUUUCACAUGCUGCGGAACAAUGCCGUACACAACCGGAACGUUGGGUAUGAAAAUCACUCGGACAACGAAAAUUUGCUUGAACCGGCUGGAAAAUCGAGCGAGCAACCGCGCUGGAUUGGAAAGUACGAUGAAGCGAACUAUUUACUGUUCAAAAUAAGGGAGCGUAUUAACGAGGUGAAAAAGCUUCAAACGGCUGAAGUACGUUCGGUGCUGAGCGAUGAAAACACUACCAGCAGCAGUACGACUGAGAACUAUAUGAUGGAAAUUAAGCAGCUAAUUUGCCGGUGUCACGAUAACAUUAACUCGUUACGCCGUAUGGAUAAUGGACUGGAAGAAAUUCUGUUAAAAAACAUACAAAGGCACUGCCUUAUAAUGCUGCAGGGCUUAACGGAGCAGUACCGGCAGAUGCAAGCACACAGGACGGCUCGUUCCCUGAAAGCGAACGAUCCGACCGGAGGACUGUCCGGUGUGGCCGGCACCAGUGGCACCGGCACCUCCAGCAGCACCACUACAAUCAUUCGCAAUCCCUCAUCCGCCAAUCCGGUCGAUACGUUCGAUAACUUUCUGCAGCUGGAAUCGGAUGGGCGUUCGGCGUCCGGCGCCGGUACGGUUGGCCCUGCGAGCUUCGACGAUGAUGGUGACGAUCAGCAGCUGUUGGACGAUUUCUUCCAGCUGCCCGCAACCGGGCUCACCAUUAACCAGAAGCAGAUAAUGCUGAUCCAGGCGGACAAUACGAAGAUGCUGAAGAGCCGGGAGGAUGAGGUAUUGCGGAUGACCAACUCCAUCACCGACCUGAACGUAAUCUUUAAGGACAUUUCGAAGUUGAUACAGGAGCAGGGUACGAUACUGGACCGGAUCGAUUAUAAUAUUGAGUCGGCCCAGGUGCGCGUUAGCGAUGGAUUGCGCCAGCUGCAAAAGUCCGAAUCGUACCAGCGCAAAAACCGGAAGAUGCACUGCAUCAUGCUGCUCGCGUUUGCGAUUAUGUUUAUGAUAAUAUUGAUCAUUUUUACCAAACUGUAAGCAUUCCGAGCAUCCGACUGCGGUGGGUAGAUGUUAUUUAUUGUUUUUUUUUUUUUGUAUUAUUGCGGGUGAAGUCUUAUUUAUGUUAAUUACUAUUAUAACUUGACUAUUAAAUACAUCUUUCUACGACCGGAA